ACAGCUGAGAGGGCCAGAGGACUGACAGUUGGAGGGCUCAUGGGAGACACGCAGACUCCCAACGGCAAGCAGAGGAAAGAAUCCUCUGAAAACAGAACAGAGGCUGGGCUGCUGCAGCAACGGACAUGUGCAGGAAGAAGUCAGUAAGUAAAAACUCAGCUUCAUCACCCAAGACUUUUGAUCAUGUCAGUAUGAUGGCGAGCUAAAACCUGGAAUCAUCUAGAAGAAUACAUAAUACUCAUCAUGUCUUCCAUGGCCCAUGUACGGAAGAUCAGCCAAAAGCCUCCUCCAAUAGAAUCACUUGCAGCUCCACAAGUUCCUCGUGGCAAUUACUUGCACCUUCAGGAAGAGAAACAAAGACUGCAGAUGAAGAAAUUCCUCCUCAAUAGGAUGUUUCUAGUGGCCAACAUCCAGGAAAACACAGACAAGAAGGGCAUUGCAGAGUAUUACGAACAGGUGUUCCAUUCGAUUAUGAGACGCCACCUGGGGGAAGCCGUGACCGGGCUGCUGCUCAUCUACCCGACUUCAAUGCUGCAUAUGCUGGAGUCCUCCUCGGGGACCCUCUACCAGAUCCUCCAGGAGCACCUGGGCCACCAAGACGAAGAAACAGAAUUUAUGAUCCAAGAGAUGAAGAUCAUUGCCAUUUCCCACAACAUCCCAUCACGACUCUUCAUGCAGUGGCACGUCUCACUCAUCAAGGUCCCGGUCAUGUAUCUCAACGACAUGACCCAGUCGGAGAGCCUGGGAGAGGUCGUCACAGAGUUCCUCAGGCAGACUCAUCAACUCGGACUGUACCUUUUUAAGACUAUUAAGGUGGGCACUAAAGGACUAGGUGAUAACUUGCACCAAGUUAUCCCUGACCUACUCCCCCCUGAGCAAAUUCUAAAGUACUUGUGCAAAUCUAACGAAUUCAUGAGCCCUGCGGAAUUCAUGGAUAUGUAUAAUAAGCCCAUCCAUGUGACCUCUGAUUCUGAGGUCGUAUGGCCUGCUCCUUCUUACUUCUAGGCCUGAAAAAGACUAUGUGCUCCUAUCUUUUCAGGAACACAUGCUUCUUAACCAGGCCUUUGUCAAUUCUAAAGUUACUCCUUUCUUUUAAAAAAGGCAAAACAAAACUCUGUGAUCUAUACAUUUUUUUUUCCUUACUCUCUAUGGAAAAUACCCAGCUAAGCAUGGAAUACAUCCCUUUUUUGAAUAUUAAACUCAGCAUAAUAACAAGAGCAUGAGUGUAACAAGAUCUUAUUAAACUGCUAACCAUUACCUUUAUAUUCAUUAAACAAAUUCGUAUUUUAAAGUGCAGGAUGCAUGGAAAGGAACAAACACAAUUCAUUCUCUCAACAGUGACUGAGUAACCAGUAACUACACAGCCCGGCGUUUAGUACAUACAAAACUUAAGAGAAAAAUGCGACCCUUGGGUUGUUGGCAAUUUGAGGUCGGAGGCAAGUAUGUGAAGACUCAUGAUACGCAUGAUGCAGUGUGU